AUGAUCAAAUCCUAUGAAUCAGAAAAAGGUGAAAAAGAGACCAUGGAGAAAGAUAAGUCCACCAAAGAAGUAGAACAUGGCAAAAAUGUCCAAAUGGAAGAAAAGGACGGACUGAAAGUAGCAGAAACUGAAUGUAGGAAACUUUCCGUAUCUGAAGUUGAUGUAUCAUUGACAGAUAACAAGAGUAUUGAAAGUGCGAGUGAAGCAAAAAAAUCCGGUUCGGAUGAACAAAAUACCGAAGAUAAUCUUCUUUACCAUGAAAAACAUAUCCCUGGUGCUAUCACGCCACCUACAGUUCCUGUGAGCCCCAUUGUCUUGGAAGAGGUCAAGUUUACCAGCAGGACGGAUGCUUUGAUAAAAGAAGUUGGCUUGAGGAGCUCAACUCCAGCUAGUGACGACUCUGAAGUUGUCAGUUCCAAUACAGACAUAACCUCUGAACAAUUAUCUAGAAUAGGAAGUCAUACUAUCCCGUUGGACAGAGACAGCGACGAAGACGAAGAUCAACUAAGCAUGACAUCACAAAUGGCCCUCUCCAGAGAAUCCUCGCGUUGCGAUGACGAAUCCAAAAAAACUGAAGUCGACCCUAUGAGCAUGUCGUUCUACGGUACACUCCCAGAAAAACCCAGCUCCCAAAGAGAUUUGACACCUAGUCACUUAUACGAACUGACCAAAGCUAAAUACUCCAGCGUCCCGAUACCUGACUCCAGGGAAACUCCACAGCUCAGUUCGAGUGACGUCAUGACUUCUAGCUUCGUCAGUGAACUGCCUACCUCCUCACCCAGUCACCGUGUUGGUGACGUCAUGAGUUCUAGCUUCAUCAGUGAACAGCCUAGCGCGCCACCCAGUCACGGUGUUGGUGACGUCAUGAGCUCUAGCUUCAUCAGUGAACUGCCUAGCUCCUCGCCUAGUCGUGGUGUUGGUGACGUCAUGAGUUCUAGUUUCGUCAGUGAACAUCCUAGCUCCUCGCCUAGCCGUGGUGUUGGUGACGUCAUGAGUUCCAGUUUCAUUGGGGAGUUGCCAUCUUCUAGUGAAGAAAAGAAAGACCCUAUCGAGUCGUGGGGUAAACCUUUGGGCUUACCAACGCCUCCUACGCAUUUGCAUGAAGGGUCGUCUAGUCAUGGAGAGCGGUAUGGAAGAGAGGCUAGAGAUGGGUUUGAGGAUGCUGGAUUUGGAUUGAAUCGGGAUAGCGAACAGAGUGAUUUGAUGACUGCCAGUUUUUAUGGGGAGCUGCCUUCUGAAACAAAGGAUCCUAUUGAAUCUUGGGGUAAACCUCUGGGCUUACCAAGCCCAGCGCCCCCUGGCGACAACAAGUCCACACCAAAGAAAGAAAGGAAACUGCCGGCCAACGUCACAGCCAAGAACAAACUGAACGACGACAAAAAGAGGGCCGAAUCUCCAUCGAAGUACAACAGAACCAAGAGGGUGAACCCGGUGUACGUGGAUCUGACGUACGUGCCUCAUCACGGCAACUCGUACUACGCAUGCGUGGACUUCUUCAGGAGGGUGAGGGCGAGGUACUACGUGUUUUCGGGGGUGGAGCCUAGUAGAGAGGUGUACGACGCUUUGCUGGAGGCCAAGCAGACAUGGGAGGACAAAGAUCUAGAAGUCACCAUCAUCCCUACGUAUGAUACGGACAUUCUGGGUUACUGGGUAGCCGAAAACGAAGAAACUUUGACGAAGCUCAAGAUAGAUCUCUCCCCUUCUGCCUCGCGCUGUACCAUCAAUCUGCAAGACCACGAGACCUCAUGCAGCGCCUACAGACUGGAAUUUUGA